AUGCGUCGUUCUUCAUCGUCAUCGAAGAAGAAACCAGCCCAAUCAAAAACCGUUGAUUCAGUCACUACUUCAACCACGGAUCUCUUUCGCUCAGCUUCGAGUAAGUCUUCGACUAAAGAGAUGGAUCGAAUAGAUCACUUAUUUAGUCAGUAUGCCAAUAAAUCUUCCAAUCUGAUUGAUCCUGAAGGAAUAGAGGAACUAUGCUCCAAUUUGGAAGUGUCUCAUACUGAUAUCAGAAUCUUGAUGCUUGCUUGGAAAAUGAAAGCUGAGAAACAAGGUUACUUUACACAGGAGGAGUGGAAAAGAGGCCUCAAGGCUUUAAGAGCUGAUACAAUCAAUAAAUUGAAGAAAGCUCUUCCGGAACUCGAGAAAGAGGUCAGGAGGCAAUCAAAUUUUGCAGAUUUCUAUGCUUAUGCCUUCCGCUAUUGUCUAACAGAGGAAAAACAGAAGAGCAUAGACAUAGAGACUAUCUGUCAACUCUUAGAUAUAGUCAUGGGAUCUACAUUCCGAGCCCAAGUUGACUACUUUGUCGAGUACUUAAAGAUCCAAAACGACUACAAAGUCAUAAACAUGGACCAAUGGAUGGGAUUUUAUCGGUUCUGCAAUGAGAUAAGUUUCCCGGACAUGGCGGACUACAAUCCAGAGCUUGCAUGGCCAUUGGUUCUAGACAAUUUUGUUGAGUGGAUUCGCGAAAAACAAGCCUGA